AUCUGACGCUAUCUGGGACUGCCCAUCUCGACAUCCACUCGAUUCGGGAGAUGUAAAGUUGAAACCCAUUAAAACCGAUGCUGUGAAGUGGCUCUUAGCCGUAGCUUCAUCAGGUCUCGGCGGAAGGAUGCUGUGGGUAACCCUGCUAAGCACAAUAGCUUUAGGAUGGACUACGCCGAUCCCAAUGCUGGACGACUCAGAGGAGAUAGACGAGCCUUGCUUUGACCCCUGCUACUGUGAAGUGAAGGAGGGCAUUUUCCACGUUCACUGCGACAGCAAAGGAUUUACAAAUGUCAGUCAAAUAUCCCAAACAUGGACGAGGCCCUUCAAGCUCAACCUACAAAGAAACUCGAUGCGCAAGUUGUACUUCAACAGCUUCCUGCAUCUAAACAAUGCCAUAUCGCUCAAUCUGGGGAACAACGCAUUACAGGACAUCCAUGUUGGUGCGUUCAAUGGUCUGAGCAUUUUGAAAAAGCUUUUCCUGCACGAAAAUAAACUGGAGGUGUUCAGGAACGACACUUUCUUGGGCCUGGAAAGCCUCGAGUACCUCCAGGCUGAUUAUAACGUAAUUAAAAGAAUAGAGAGCGGGGCGUUUAGAAACCUGCACAAACUCAAAGUACUGAUUUUGAAUGACAAUUUGAUACCCGUUCUACCCAAUCUGUUAUUCAGGUCUGUCUCUCUCACGCACCUUGAUUUACGUGGUAACCGGUUGAAGAUUCUGCCUUACAGGGGCACACUGGAGUUCAUUGGCCGCACUCUCAUGGAGCUUCAAUUAGAGGAGAAUCCGUGGAACUGCGUGUGUGAGAUUGUGCAGCUUAAAACGUGGCUUGAACGCAUUCCUUACACAGCUUUGGUUGGUGACAUUACGUGCGAGCACCCCUUUCACUUCCAUGGCAAGGACCUACGUGAGAUAAAACGGAGCGAGCUGUGUCCACUGCUCUCGGAGGCAGAAGUGGAGGCUAAGCUUGGCAUCCCCAAAAUACCGUUCAACAACGAGAACACGUGGCCCACAAAGCCCUCAUCAAUGCUGUCUUCAUUUCACAACACUGCUUCGUCGGUGGAGUACAAAGACAGACCGAAGCCAACCAAAAGGCCCAGACCCACUAAAACUCCACCGACACCACGCAGUAUUUACCCCGGGCCGAAUCAGCCACCCGUUGCUGGUUAUCAAACGAGACCGCCCAUUCCUAUCAUCUGCCCAGCGGGAUGUAUCUGCAAUUUACACAUCAACGAUUUAGGGCUCACCGUCAAUUGUAAAGAGAAAGGCUUUCACAACAUAUCUGAACUAAUGCCGCGCCCACUAAAUGCCAAGAAGUUAUACCUGAGUGGAAACUUAAUACAGAAAAUCUACAGAUCGGACUUCUGGAAUUUUUCCAGUUUGGAUUUACUACACCUGGGCAACAAUCGGAUAUCAUAUGUUCAAGAGGGUGCAUUCAUUAACCUGCCUAACUUGAAAAGCCUGUAUCUAAAUGGCAAUGACAUCGAGAGACUCACUCCAGGCAUGUUUCGUGGACUUCAGACUCUGAGUUACUUGUACUUUGAAUACAAUGUUAUACGAGAGAUCCAGCCUGCCGCCUUCAGCCUGAUGCCGAAUCUGCAGCUGGUCUUUCUGAAUGACAACCUGCUGCGCACUCUGCCCGUUGAUGCUUUCGCUGGCACCUCGCUGGCCAGGCUCAACCUGCGCAACAACUACUUCCUCCACCUGCCAAUCAGCGGGGUCCUGGAGCACCUGCACUCCAUUGUCCAGAUUGACCUCCACCAGAACCCAUGGGACUGCUCGUGUGACAUCAUCCCGCUCAAGCAGUGGAUGGAGAAGCUCAGCACCGUCAUUGUUGUCGGGGAGGUGAUCUGCAAGACGCCCGACUUCGCUUUCGGGAAGGAUCUCCGCUCCCUUGACGCCGAGGUCAUCUGCCCUGAGCUGAAGUUCACUGCUCCCUCCGCCGCUUCGCCCGACGACAUGACAUCCACCAGCACUUUCGGAUUAGGAUACGCCUCGGCGACUGGCGCUGUCCCUCUCUCGGUGCUGAUUCUGAGUCUGUUGAUACUGUUCAUCUCCGCUGUGUUUGUGGCUGCUGGUCUGUUCGCCUUCGUCCUGAGGAGACGGAAGAAACUGCCCUUCAGAAAGCGACAGGAGGUGGACCUGACUGGCAUCCAGAUGCAGUGCAGGAUAUUCGAAGAGCGGCAGACCGCCUCGCCAGAGAAACCGCCCGGCCACGUCUACGACUAUAUCCCCCACCCAGUCACACAGAUGUGCAACAACCCCAUAUACAAACCACGAGAGGGGGAAGGUGAAGAACAAUUCGCCGAGACCAAGGAAAACAACAGCAAUUAUCGAACUCUGCUGGAGAAAGAGAAAGAAUGGACAAUGGCUCUGUCCAAUUCUCAACUCAACACUAUUGUCACCGUCAAUCAGGCGGGGGACAUAGCGAGCUUUCACGAAAACGGGGUGCUUUGCCCCACAGUCAUAGACAGCCAGAGACCUACCCCCACGGUGGGGUUUGUAGACUGCCUGUAUGGCACAGUUCCUAAAUUAAAGGACAUGCACGUUGCACAUGCACACCCCCCAGGAAUGCAAUAUCCCGAUUUACAGCAAGACGCCAGAUUAAAAGAAACAUUUCUUUUCACCGCGGGUAAAGGAUUUCCCGAGCAGACCCAAAGCGAAUACCUCGAGUUAAGGGCCAAACUCCAAACCAAGCCGGAUUACCUCGAAGUGUUGGAGAAAUCAUACCGAUUCUAACCAGAGAAUACUUUUUUCUUGCCCAAAACAAUACGGAACAACAAAAAAAGCAGCAUGACGAAAAACAACAACAACAACAACAACAACAACAAAAACAAAAACAUAUAUAUUACAAACAAAUGUUUUCCCCCAAGUCGUUUUGGAGGAAAGGCCAUACUCAGAUAUUCAAUGAAGUGCCUUUUUCAGAGUAGCCAGCAAUGUUAUCAACCCUUAUUUUUAUACAAAACAGAUUUUUGGUUGCGCAGUGGGAGGCAUUCGGAGCGUAUAAUUCUAAAUAGUAGACGAAGCCUUCACGCAGUGAGAGCGUUCACAUGGUUCGUGUAGGGAUCCGCGAGGAGCAGGAUGUCUCCACGGCUUGUCUCUCACGCGCGGAUAUUUGCCCAAGGUCUGGCACAGUUUGUAGAAUAUUGCAGUUUGCUGCAUGCACUCGACUGCAGGGGUGGGUAUUGCUCCAAACUAUCACUCACGUAUAAUAGAGAUACUGCAACGCAUUAUUGUUCAGUGGUCUAUUUAAUUUUAUAAUAUUACAAAAACAGACAAAAAGUGUGUCUCUCGAGGACUCACCCAAGGAUCAACAUUUGUGAAUAUAUAACGACACUGAAGAUUUUAUGGAAUUCAACGCACUUUCUUAAGAAAAAUGCUUCUGGAUAUUAUCACUAACGGCUUUGUAGGAAGCACUUUUAAUGUUUUCUCUCACAAAGAUUUGAAAAAAUGUGCAUAUAUUUAUUCUGUAAUUUCAGUGAAAAAUUUAACUUGUAAAGGUAAUGUUAAAUCAAUGUAUAGUGAUUAUGCGUCUGGUAUAGCCUUCUUAAUAAAACAAACUCUUAAAUCAAUAAAGAGGUGCUAAUGCAUACUGUUUGUGUACAACAGCUAGCAGAAGUAUUGAUACGUGAGUACUAUGUGGUAAUACCAGACUGUGGGAUCGAAUCUGUACAUGCCCGGAAAUACUUUGAGGUUUGCUGAUUCGCAUCAUAUGUUUUUUUGUU